AAGUUAUAACACACCACACCACAACACAACUUGGAAACAAACUUGAUUCAUACACAUCUUCUUCUGUUAUUAGGGUUUCAUAUCCCUCCUUAUCUGCCCCCUUUACACUCUUCAAUCUUCGUCCCAAUGAAACCAGGAUUCAUCUGAUUCCUCUUCAACCACACUCCUUCUUCCUCUUCACCAAUCCCUUUUCCCUAAUUCGAUCACCAAUUAUCAUGAAUCCAAUCUUCGUUGUUCAUAAUCUUCGCGUUUUCGGUCCUGGCUUGAAUCCCUUUGCACCUUACUGUUUGUCCAAUCAUUCCCUUCACGCUCGUUAAUUCUCUUCUUUUAACAACUCUUAAGCUUCUUUUUUCAAAACCCUUUCUCUUCAAUUCCAAUUUCUUCCUCAAUAACAUGUAAAAUUCGAGUCUUUUUUCAAAUUUAGGGUUUUUAUUUUCUCCUAAUAAUCUGAUUGCAUACACGUUGGGAAUCUAGGGUUUGAGUUUGAGUGUUUCUUUUCUUUUUUUUUUUGUUUCAACUUCUAUUGUUUUGAUUUUGAUUUAUCGUAAUUGCUGUGUUUGCGUUGAUUGUUGAGAGAAACAUGCUUGAGGAACGGCCAAUUACGUUGAGACAAAGUCCUUCGAGAAGGAGAUUGUUGAGGCCUGGUGUUGGUACUGAUGAUAGAGGUUGGACCUCACUUCAUGUUUAUUCACGGAAAGGUGAUAUCAAAGUGGUAAAAAAACUUCUCAACGAAGGAAUGGAUGUUAAUGUGAGUGCAUGGGGCCCUAAAUCUAAAGGAGUGACCCCUCUCCACCUUGCCGCAGAAGGUGGUCACCUUGGAGUGAUGGAUGAACUGCUUGAGCGUGGUGCCAAUAUUGAUGCCAGGACUAAGGGUGCUUGUGGCUGGACACCACUCCACAUUGCAGCUAAAGAGAGAAAUAGGGAUGCUGUGAAAUUCUUGGUAGAGAAUGGAGCAUUCUUGCCACCAGAUAUGAAUGAUAGCAGAUUUAAUCCGCCUCUUCAUUACUGCCCAGGACUUGAAUGGGCCUAUGAGGAAAUGAAACGACUUCGACGGGAAGAAUUGUCUCCGGGGGAGACAUCUUGCAGCUCAGAAAAUUAAUUUGCUUUUCAGCGUUUCAGUUUAUUUUUGGCUCUCCUGUGUGAAUUAAUGUAGAAUUGAAAUAAACAAACUUACUAUGCAUAAGUUUCGUCAAGUAUUCGAAUAUGUUGGGAUGGAUACAGUGAUCUAAUCAUUUAUUCAUGGUGUGUGCACACUAAACCUUGUUCCCAGUUGUGGAAUUUCCGUUGUUAUGAACAAUGUUACAAUCGUAAGGCUUGUUUGGUUGAGUAA